CAAUUACAAGAUUACAGCAAUUACAUGAUUACAGCAAUUACAAGAUUACAGCAAUUACAAGAUUACAGCAAUUACAAGAUUACAGCAAUUACAAGAUUACAGCAAUUACAAGAUUACAGCAAUUACAAGAUUACAGCAAUUACAAGAUUACAGCAAUUACAAGAUUACAAGGAUUACAAGGUUACAGCAAUUACAAGAUUACAUGGAUUACAAGAUUACAGCAAUUACAUGAUUACAGCAAUUACAAGAUUACAGCAAUUACAAGAUUACAGCAAUUACAAGAUUACAGCAAUUACAAGAUUACAGCAAUUACAUGAUUACAAGGAUUACAAGGUUACAGCAAUUACAAGAUUACAAGGAUUAGAAGAUUAG